AUGACCCGUCUGGCUGAUGGCCGCUUAUGGCUGACCUCGCGGAGGACAGAAAGAGGGGUGGAUGGGUUUAGUGUAGGGGGCCAAGCAAUCCCCCCCGGCCACAGGAUACCGAUGCAUAAGUCCAAUGGAUGCGGGCAUGGUAAAAUGCAAAAAGCCAGCAAUUACCAAUCUACUGGUAUCGCCUGGAAUGCCGGGAGUGGAUAUGGGGAUGACACGAAGACCAUUGAUAUCGAUGACUGUAGAAACUUAUCCACUCUCCAAUCCCCACGCUGGGCCGUUCAUGGAUGCUCCAGUGGAGUCCAGGCGCCUUCAACCCUUCACCACACAUCGACGACGGAACGCAUUUUGGCGGUGAGAAAGAUCCUAGGAGCAUGCCUGAUGAGGUACAAGUCGGGGAACAGUCAAAUGCCCAAGAGGACACUUUUGUCCGGUAUCAAACAGCUGCCCGAACCUAGACUGAAGACCUUGACGUAUGAGCGGACUCACUACUAG